CUGCGUAUUUUGAAGCCGUACUCUGAUGCUCUGUUCCUUUACAUGUAUGGGUUCAAUAUGAUAUUUAAUCUGAAUAUUUUCUUUUCUUGAUCCCAAUUCCACUGGAUUUCUCGAGAAUUUAACGGGUGUUUUUUUAUUAGUAUGAUUCUUUUUAUUCGGUUCAUCUCCCCCUUUGUUUACUUUCCUGCGUGUUCUUUUGUGCCAUCUCUCUCUCUCGUGUAGAUGAGUUUUUCGUGAAGAACCUGAUUCUCUCUGAGCACGAGGGACGAAUUCGCUUUUACUUUUAACCACCUCUUUACUUUCCACUAGUAUCUCUUUGAGAGAGAGAGAGAGAGAAGCAAGACCCAGAAAGAUGCGCAGAAAUAUCUGGCUAAUUUAAUUGAUCCUCUUUCUUCGUUUCCUAUUUUUGGACCAGAUAGAAAAAACCCAAAACCCACUCCCAACUUUCUCGCUCCUCUUUCAGCCGAACUUUUCGUUGCCAAAUCCUGAUUCCAAGCAAUCGAUUCAGCUCAUACUAUUAUUUUUUUCUUGGCCUAGUUAAUUACUGCAAAUCUGAUUUCUCUAUCCUUCUGAUGACAUUGUACGAACUCAGAUUGUAGAGAGAACAAAGGAUAUCAACUCUCCUCUUUAUUAGACGAGUUUUUCGAGGUGAGUUUGAUCGAAUUUGGGCCGCUUUCAAAUGCUGUUGUUGUCGUCUCAGAAAUGGACAGGAGUCGAGACGAGAGGCGUGGAGGAGCGAGGCGGUUCUCGCCUGCAAAACGACACACUAUGAGCUACUAUCUGGAUAUGAAGGGCAAUGGGGGAGGGUCUGUUUUUGCAAAGAAAAUGAAGAAAGAGAGAAUGAGAAGAUUGAGUGUUGUUAGUAAAGCGAAUUCGAUUAACGAAAACUGCGAAAUGGGUUGUGCAGCAGCUGGGUCUGAUGGUGAACAUGAGCUUCGUUCAACUACUAGUACUACCAAGAAAUUUAAGCUUCCCAAAAAGUUCUUUUAUGAUUGCAACACAGUGGACCAUGUUCCUCGGAAGCUACGGUCAGCCAUGAAGAAGCACAAUCGUGAUUCGAUUUCGCCACCGUUGCCAGAUGAUAAGCCAAACCAUGGGAUCAAUGGAGAUGGCUUCCCUAGAAAGAUUGGCACAAAGAAAUCCAGACUCAAUCAACAAGGAGGAGACUACUCCAAUGGGUCCCAAAGCGUAGGGCCAAUCACAAAAGACGAAGAAGAAGUGGUAGAGACUCUAUAUGCUUUGGCUGAUAUGUUCCCAAGCAAUAACGAGAAUGGUUCGGAUGGUGAAUUGACAGAAGCAAAAUCUUGGCCUUUGCCGGAGGGAGAAAAUUCAAAGCCUGCCUUUGAGGCUCCUGAAGAAAAGGACUCAAAAUCACUUUGCCCCUCAAAUAAGGCCGAAGAAGGAUUUUUAGAAGGAUCAGAUCAAGAAACUGUGGAAGUCAAAUGUUCGAAUGGAUCAUCACUGCCUGGUUCGCCCAAAAGCAUACAACUGCAAACAAAUUGUGAAGAUGCUAUUUCUCAAACAAAUGGCCAAGCAAUGUCUCAAUCUGAAUUGAGCCAGAGAAUUUGCAGCUCUAAGCAGACAAAACACGAGGAAGCUGCAGCUUGUGCGAGAAAGCCAGAGGUUGAGGUCCGGGCUGCAGGUGUCGGUGGCCAGAGCCAACUACAAUACAUCCUCAAGGAGAGCAGAUAUAGCAGCUUGCCUUUAGCCGGAUCCCAUGGUGUUGGGACUCAAGGACCUUCCUUGCAGUCACCCAGCGAUAUUACUUUCUUAGGUAUGGCUGUAUCUGCAACUCCAUCUGGUUCAGUGAACAAUUGUCCUUUAAGCAAUAAGGAUUCAAGAGGUCCAGUUGCAAGAAAAAAGUCAUGGAAGAGAUGUUCAGCUCAUGUAUACAUAAGUCGUCUCAUUAAGGUCUUGCAAAUAGCUGAGAAAACAGACAGGUCACCUGCUCAGUUGACAUCCAAUGAAGAAUCUAAACAAGGAGUUCGUUUAACAACUGAGAACUUACAUGGGGUGAGAAAUGGUUUGAAUGGACUUGUUUCUGGGCACAGUGUAGUUGCUUCUGCUGCUGAGAAUAAUACCAAUGAAGUUAGAAAUGAAAGUCUUUUGCACAAGAGGCUCCUUCUUGAUCAGCAGCAGGCUUCCACAACAUCUCCCUUUUACGCUUCACAGAAUCAGAAUUUUGACUUCUUGUCCUUGUCAAACGGGGGUAGUGGGGUUGAAGCUUCCAAUAGUUGGAGUAAACUAGGAAACGGGCUGGACCCAUCGACACAAAUUCAAAUACCUUACCCAUUCAUGCCAUUCUCUGUGUCCGAAAAUUGUUUUUCCUCGGCUCUUUCCACUUACCAUCUUCAAGUAGCUGCAGCAAAGCAGGUCCAUAUACAAUCACCACCGUAUAUGGGAAGCCAACUUUUGGGCUCUCCUCAUUUGAGUAACUCUGCUUUGCCAAAACAGCAGCAGCGAUGGAUUUGGACACCCCAGGUAGCAGCAGCUCAACAAAAUCCUGUGGGGUCCUGUAUUCCAAACUGGCAACAUGGAAGACAUGAAUACCCUUCUUCUGCAGUCCAUUAUGCUCAAAAUCUUGCAGGGUCUCAACCAAUUCUUCCGCCUUCAUAUUCAUCACUAGAAGUACUUGGACCUAAAUAUGCUCCACUCUCCCAACAGCAGCAGCAGCAGUAGGAGUUUAUUUCUGUUACUUCUUCACCUUUGCACACUGCCAAAUCUUAAAGGCAAUACCAACAUCAUCUCCCGUCCGGGUACGAAAUAAAUGGAGUCGGUUCCUAUUCUGAUGCUGCACGGCCAUUGCAAUUAGUCUGCAACGAUCGCCUAUAAAGGAGAUGGGCAAUAAAUAUUGAUAUCUUGUUUUUCAGUAUAUUGGGAAACAAAGGAUAAACAGAAAGAGUAAUUCAGGCGUAGAGGCAGAUCCAAAACCACCCUCAGGUGUUGCGCUAUAUGAGAUUAGUAAGGAAGUGUUUGUCUGCGUCUGCAUAACUUAGUGUAUUGCUAGGCUUUUGGAAUCUGUGUUUGGAUUGGCUUCAUGUGUGGAGCUACAAAUCCAACUCAUGGCAGCCCAUGUUGUGCUAAUGCAAAGGGAAAUAAUGGAAUUUUAUUUCUUCUC